AUGAGCACAUUCACACUGCCAGGCUCGUCACCCGAGUGUUCGGUCCACCUUACCAAAGACCUUACAAAAGACCAACUACUAUCCUUCCCGGCCUUCAAGAACUGGUCCGGGACACUUCAACACUCGCUCAAGCAACAAGAAUCCAAGAAUCACACAUUCCACGAAGCACCCUACAAGCUCAGACGCAUCGACAUUCAAAGCGUGGACUUCUUCGGCGGCGAACGCAUUGGUUUCAUCAAGUUCAAGGCAGAGGUGUCAAACGACAAUGGAGAAAAGUUUCCUGGCUCUGUGUUCCUGAGAGGAGGCAGUGUAGCAAUGCUGCUUAUUCUGCAACCGGAUGAUGUCGAGGAAGGUUCUGAGAAGGACAAACAUGUUAUAUUGACCGUGCAACCUCGUAUACCAGCCGGAUCACUCUGCUUCUCCGAGCUUCCAGCAGGUAUGCUAGACGACGCAGGUACUUUCUCAGGUGGUGCUGCCAAAGAGAUUGAGGAGGAGACUGGCCUCAAGAUCAAGGAGGACGAACUUAUCGACUUGACAAAGCUUACGUUCGGUUCUGAGGAGGAAACUCAGGACGGAGAGAAGUUGCAAAAGGCAAUGUAUCCCAGUGCAGGAGGGUGCGAUGAGUUCGUUCCCGUCUUCUUACACCAGCAGCGCAUUCCGCGUAAACAGCUCAAAGAUUGGCAGGGCAAGCUGACUGGACUUCGUGAUCAUGGCGAGAAGAUCACAUUGAAGGUGGUGAGAUUGGAAGAACUGUUCCGUGANGGGGGCAGGGACAGCAAAGCAUUGGCUGCGUGGUCAAUGUACGAAGGGUUGAGACGUGAGGGCAAGUUGUGA